AAUUUUUUGGCCUGCGCAAGGCGAGCUUGUAGAGCCGCUCCAGCCCACACGCCAGCACGCCUCGGCCCCGCUGCCACCGCUGACCCGUCCUGCCGACCACUUUUUGCAAAGCAAAGACGCACAGCUACCAGCACAAAUCAGACAGCCGACGCCGCCGCCGCGACCAGCUAGAAAACCAUGUCCUUCAUCCUGAACUGCUUCUCGUCGCCGCCGAAGCCCCACGCUUUGAUACUAGCGCGGGGCGGCAGCAAGGGCAUCCCGCGCAAGAAUAUUAAGCCGAUGAACGGCGUGCCUCUUCUAGUAUAUAACGUCAAAGCUUGUCUAGCGUCGGGCGCCUUUGAAAAAGUUGUGGUCUCGUCGGACGACGACGAGAUUCUAGAAAUAGCAGUCAAGGCCGGCGCCGUCGCCCAUAAACGAUCGGCCGAGUCGGCCAAGGACACGGCCUCCUCCGAAAGCGGGCUCUUCGACUAUUGCGACACGGUCCCCGAGUUGGUCUCGUGCGCGCUGGUGCAGUGCACGUCUCCGCUCACAACAGCGGAGGACUUCCGGAACGGCGUGAUGAAGUUCCAUUCUUCUGGAGCGGACUCGCUCGUGACCGUGGUCCGAGCCCAUCGGUUUUUGUGGUCAAUCAAAGAUGGCCAGGCCGUGCCCCAAAACUACGACCCCGUCAAGCGCCCGCGGCGCCAGGACUGGAAUGGGGAAUUGAUCGAGAACGGCGCCUUCUACGUCUUCAAGACCCAAGCUCUGAGGGAUUCCGGUAGUCGCUUAUCGGGCAAGAUCGCGGCCUUCGAGAUGAGCGAGGAUACGUUGGCUGAGAUAGACACCCCCACCGACUGGGCCAUCAUUGAAGGUUUGGUCGCGGCGAAGUUUGGAAAAACGCCGCGGACGUGGGGGUUUUAA